CAAGCAAAAUGUUAGAUACAAAAAGCGACAAAUCAAAGGGAUGGCCUACCAACAUUUAAUAAAGAUUGUUACCUAUAAUCUCUAUUAAAUUUCCAUUUUAAAAUAGCCUCCAAGUGGACUCCUUCCAUGUUGGCAAACUCUCCUGCACCAGGAACCUAGACUCGCAUAUCCUGAUUGCCACAUCAUGCCUGAGCUCUUUGACCCAACAUGGCUUCCGCCCCCAACUUCAUUUGGUGGUCGUAAGCAGUGUUCCACUUCAAGCGGGCACUUACGCCUUCAUAUAUACAGCAAUUCGCUGCAAGGAUUCCAAGCAACUCAAAAAGUUUAGGCCUUCCUGAACAGAAGCAUAACGAACCAAAAGUGAGAACCAGAGGAAGGUCAUGGAAAGGAGCGGAUCUGAGCUGGACCUGCCAGGAUUUCGGUUCCAUCCGACGGAGGAGGAGUUGCUCGAGUUUUACCUCCGGCGAGCCACCGCCGGCAAGAAGCUCAACUUCGACAUUAUUGGAACUCUCAAUCUUUACUUGUAUGAUCCAUGGGAUCUCCCUGCUUUGGCUAAGAUGGGGGAGAGAGAGUGGUAUUUUUUUGUGCCGAGAGACCGCCGGCAGGCCAACGGCGGGCGGCCAAAUCGGACAACGGAGCGCGGUUUCUGGAAGGCCACCGGUUCAGACCGGCCGAUUCGUAGCGCCGCCAAUCCCCGGCGUCUCAUUGGCCUCAAGAAAACUCUGGUGUAUUACCGCGGCCGCGCUCCUCACGGCAACAAGACGGAUUGGGUCAUGAAUGAGUACCGGCUCCCUGAUGUUCUCCCAACCUCUUUCUCCGUACCUCAGCCUCCCAAGGAAGAUAUUGUUCUAUGCAAGAUCUAUAGAAAGGCAACGUCGCUGAAGGAGCUAGAGCAAAGAGCGGCAUUGGAGGAAAGCAGAACCAGUGCAUCGGCAACCUCCGCCGACCAAGACAACAUGCACAAGUUUUCAUAUGACAAUAAUGAAGUGAUCAUGGAGAUGAAGGCGGAGUUUGACGUGCCGCCGGUUGAGUUUAAUAAAGAGGCGGCAGAGGUUUCUUCGGCGGCAAACAUACCAACCACUGUGCCUUUGUUGGAGCCAUCAGCAGCUGUCGAAUGCCCUCCAGUUACACAAGAACCAACUGCCAGUCGUCCGCCACCGAGCCCGGCGGCUAAGGUCCCAUCAGGCCGGCAGCUGCCGAUCCUGCCCGCAAUUCAAGUUCCCAACCACAGCUUUGACCUGGUGCAGGACUCUUUUCUAAGUCAACUGCGGAGUCCAUGGCUUGACCAGUGGUCGCCUUUAUAUGCAAGUUUGCUAAACUUUUGAACUCUGAAACGCGGAGGAAGUCUAGGUGACAGGCGACUUUCUGUACACGUAUAUGUGCAUAUUUACUUCGUAGGUGGCCGUUCGAUCUACCAAAACUUGUGUGGAUUUGUUCAUAUGUGUGCAGUGGGGAGGUGAUGUAAAACUGAGUUUCUGAACAGAAGACGAUGCGUUCUCUUUUAUGGGAUUGGUUGCUUUCAUGGAGGUGUUUCAUUGGAUGGUUAUGGGCUUUGUUUUGUUAUUUUUAGUUUAUUUUGUUUCUACUUGCAUCUUUGUA